CCUCUCCCUCUCCCUCUCCGUCUCCCUCCCAUAAAGCGAUUUUCCUCCAGCCAUUUUCCCAGCAUUCUCAAAAUAUAGGGUUAGGGUUUGCCUUCUUCAGCUACAAAACCCUAGCAUUUCUCCCCAACGUACAUUUUGUUCCUUUUUGCAGCUGUUGCUGAGGUUAGGGUUUGUCGAAAUCCAUGGGCGGAAAAGCAGUAAUCUCAGAUGACGAAGAUGAGAAUGAGAUUGCUGAAGAAGACAAGCGAGGAGGAGGAGCUCGAGAUAACGAAGAUGUUGACGAUGACGAUGAAGAAGAAGAGGGGCAGGAUGAGUAUGAGAAGGAUGGGUUUAUAGUAGAUGAUGUAGAUGAAGAAGAAGGGGACAGUGACAAGGAAAAGCAUAUGAAGAAGAAGAAGAGGAAAAAGAGAGAAUCCAAGAAGAAUUUUGCUCUUGAUGAAGAUGACUAUGAGUUGCUCAAGGACAACAACGUUACGACCUUCCAUCGUCCCAAGCUUGGGAGCAAAAACUUCAAGCGAUUGAAGAAAGCUGGAAGGGACUCUGAGCAAGUAGAGCUAUCUGGUUUUUUGGAUAAUGAUGAGGUCGUUAAAAGCAGUCGGAGUGGUCAGUCUGCUGAAGAAAAACUUAAGCGAAGUUUAUUUGGUGACGAUGAAGGGACACCUCUUGAGGAUAUUGCUGAAGAUGAGGAAGAGCUGGAAGAGGGUGGGGAUAUUGCUGAGGAGGACGAAAUGGCAGAUUUUAUUGUAGAUGAGGAAGUAGUUGACAAGUAUAGUGCUCGUGUUAGGAGAAAACCUAGCAAAAUUAAGUUGAGGCAGACAGCUGGAGCUUCCUCAUCUGCAUUGCAGGAGGCUCACGGCAUAUUUGGGGAUGUUGAUGAACUUCUGAUGAAGCGCAAACAAGGGCUUGUUAAGAGUGGUAGUUUUCAUGAUUCCGGUGAGUGGAGCGUAAAGAACCCCGAAGAUGAAUUUGAACCUUUUAUUCUCACGGAGAGGUAUAAGACUGAGAAGGAUGAUCAGAUACAAGAGAUUGAUGUGCCAGAGAGGAUCCAGUUAUUGAAGGAAAUUACUGGCCAUAUUCCAACAGAUGAUAAAAGUAUAGAAGAAGAGAGUGCCUGGAUAUAUAAUCAGCUAACUAUGUCUGACAUGUCGCCAUUUUUCGGGAACAUGAAUCUUAUUGGGGAAAUUAACAAGGAAGAGAUUGGGAAUGUAUUGGGAAUGCUACAUGUGCAGAAGCUUGAUAUUCCUUUUAUUGCUAUGUAUCGGAAGGAGCUCUGUCUUAGCCUAUUGAAAGACCCAGAGCAAGAUCUUGUGGAGAGUGAUGAUAGUGUUGAGAGAACCUGUACACUGAAGUGGCAUAAGAAACUCUGGGCCAUCCAGAACCUUGACAGGAAAUGGUUGAUUCUGCAAAAACGGAAGACUGCUCUUCAGAUAUACUACAAUAAGCGCUUUCAAGAAGAAACCCGGAGGCUUGAUGAUGAAACAAGGCUUGCAUUGAAACGGCAGCUUUUCAAAUCAGUUAUUAACUCGCUUAAAGCUUCUGAAUCAGAAAGAGAGGUUGAUGAUGUCGACUUGAAGUUUAAUUUGUAUUUCCCCCCAGGUGAAGUUGUUGUGGAAGAUGGCCAAUUUAAAAGGCCAACUCACAAAUCCCUAUAUAGUAUUUGUUGUAAGGCUGGUCUUUGGGAGGUUGCCCGCAAGUUCGGGUUAAGUUCUGAGCAAUUUGGAUUACUUCUAAACUUGGACAAGAUGCGUGUGGAUGAAUUAGAGGAUCCUAAUGAAACUCCUGAGGAAAUAGCUGCCAAUUUUACAUGUGCAAUAUUUGAGACCCCUAAAGAUGUGCUCAAAGGUGCCAGGCACAUGGUAGCGGUAGAAAUCAGCUCUGAGCCAUGUGUCAGGAAACAUGUUCGCAGUAUCUUCAUGGAGCAUGCAACUGUUUCUACAAGUCCCACUUCUGAUGGGAACACGGCUAUUGAUUCUUUUCAUCAGUUUUCUGGCGUGAAGUGGUUGUGUGACAAGCCCCUAUCUGAAUUCAAAGAUGCACAGUGGCUUCUUAUACAAAAGGCUGAAGAAGAGAAACUCCUUCAAGUGAGCAUAAAACUGCCUGAAAAUGUUCACAAUAAACUAAUGAGUGAUGCAAAGGAUUUUUAUCUUAGUGAUGGUGUUAGUAGAUCUGCUCAGCUUUGGAACGAGCAACGUGAGUUAAUAUUGAAGGAUUCUUUCUUUAAUUUCCUUCUUCCUUCACUGGAAAAGGAAGUUCGGUCUCUGCUGACUGUGAGAUCCAAGAACUGGCUACUUAUGGAUUAUGGGAAACAGUUGUGGGAGAAAGUCUCAGUUGCUCCAUAUCAUCAGAAGGAAAAGGAUUCUGGUUCUGACAAUGACAUUGUACCAAGAGUCAUGGCUUGCUGUUGGGCCCCCGGAAAGCCAGCAACCACUUUUGUGAUGUUGGAUUCAUCGGGAGAAAUGCUAGAUGUGCUGUAUGCAGGGUCUAUCAGUCUUCGGUCUCAGAGUGUUAAUGAUCAGCAACGGAAGAAAAAUGAUGAACAACGUCUAGUGAAGUUCAUGACCGAUCACCAGCCCCAAGUUGUUGUUGUGGGAGCUGUGAAUUUGUAUUCUACACGUUUGAAAGAUGAUAUAUUUGAGAUCAUUUAUAAUUUGGUCGAGAAACAUUCUAGGGAAGAUGGUCAAAGCAUGAGUGAGAUGAGUGUUGUUUAUGGUGAUGAAUCUCUGCCUCGUCUCUAUGAAAAUUCACGGAUUUCUUCAGACCAGUUGACUGGGCAGCCAGGCAUUGUCAAGCGUGCUGUUGCUCUUGGCCGUUACCUUCAAAAUCCAUUGUGCCUGAUGGCGACACUAUGUGGACCAGGGCGGGAGAUCCUAUCUUGGAAGCUGAACCCACUAGAACACUUCCUUAGCCCUGAUGAGAAGUAUGGGGUGGUUGAACAGGUAAUGAUAGAUGCCACCAAUCAAGUCGGAGUCGAUAUAAAUUUGGCUGCUCACCAUGAAUGGCUUUUUGCUCCUUUGCAAUUUGUCUCGGGUCUUGGACCCAGAAAGGCAUCUGCUUUACAGAGAGCAAUGCUAAGAACUGGUGCUGUUUUCAGUCGGAAAGAGAUUCCAAUGAAUGGUGUUCUUAAAAAGAAAGUGUUUAUUAAUGCGGUUGGUUUUCUGCGUGUCCGUCGGAAUGGGCUGGCUACCACUAGCAAUCAUACUAUAGACUUAUUGGAUGAUACAAGAAUUCAUCCGGAGUCGUACGACCUGGCAAAGAAAAUGGUAAAGGAUAUUUAUGAUGAGGGUGUUCGAGAGGAACCGUAUGACAUGGAUGAUGAUGCGCAACAGAUGGUGAUUGAACAUGUUAGAUAUAGGCCAAAGCCGCUAAAAGCUCUUGUUAUUGAGGAAUAUUGUAAGAGUGUGGAGGAACGGCUUGGGACGAGAAAAAGGGAGACCCUUUGUGAUAUACAGAUGGAGUUGCUUCAUGGGUUUCAAGACUGGCGCAGUCCGUAUAGAGAACCAAAUCCAGAUGAUGUUUUUUAUAUGAUAUCUAGUGAAACUAAAGAUACUCUUCUAGUGGGAAGAAUUGUUCAGGCAACUGUCAGCAGGGUGCAAUCUCAACGUUUGAUUUGUGAGCUUGGAUCUGGUUUGACAGGGGUGAUUUUUAAGGAGGAUUUUUCAGAUGAAGGAGAUGUUGAUUUAGCUGAGAAGGUAAUAGAAGGGAGCACAAUCACGUGCAAAAUUAAAGUAAUUCAAAGAAAUAGAUACCAGGUGUUACUAACUUCUAAAGAAAGCGAACUUUGUAAGUGUGACCAACCACAGAGUUCUGGAAACCAGGAUCCUUACUAUGAUGAAGAGAAGGGCAAGUUACAGAUAGAACAAGAUAAAGGUCGCAAGGAGAGGAAGGGAAAUUUACAUAAUGAACAAGAUAAAGGUCGCAAGGAGGAGACGGGCAUUUUACGGAACGAACAAGAUAAAGGUCUGAAGGAGGGGCUUGUAAAGAAGCAUUUCAAGCGAAGGAUGAUUGUUCAUCACCGUUUUCAAAAUUUGACAGCUGAUGAGGCAAUCAAGUUCCUGUCAGACAAGGAUCCAGGUGAAAGCAUUAUCCAUCCAAGUGCUAGAGGGCCAUCUUAUUUAACUCUGACUCUGAAAGUGUAUGACGGAGUCUAUACCCACAAGGAGAUAGUCGAGGGUGGAAAAGAUCACAAGGACAUCACAAGCUUGCUUUGUCUUGGGAAAACAUUGAAAAUAGGGGAAGAUACUUUUGAGGAUCUGGACGAGGUUGUAGAUCGCUAUGUUGACCCCCUGGUAGCCUACCUGAAAGUUAUGCUUGGGUACCGCAAAUUCCAGAGGGGCUCACAAGCAGAAGUUGAUGAGCUUUUAAGGGUGGAGAAAGCAGAACAUCCAAUGAGAAUAGUUUACUGUUUUGGCAUUUCCUACGAAAAUCCUGGAGCCUUUAUUUUAUCAUAUAUACGGAGUACGAAUCUGCAUCAUGAAUUUAUCGGUCUGUGCCACAAUGGCUACAAGUUUCGAAAACAGAUGUUUGCUGGAAAUAAUAGCAUCGACAAGCUUGUGGCAUAUUUUCAGAGACAUGUUGAAGAUUUUGGGCCAACAACCGGAUCGGUAGCUGCCAUGGUCUCAAUGAAAGGCCCUGGAAUUGGGGGUUCCUCUGGCAGGGGAUCUGCUAGUGGUGGUUGGGGCGGCUCUGCAGCUGAUAAUGAUGAUGGUAGUGGGAGAGGUCAGACAAAUUCAGACUGGGAUGGAUCUUCUAGGCCAGGGUCUGGAACAGGGGGGAAAGAUUACAGGGAUGGUGGUUAUACUGGUAGUGGCGGCAAGCACAAUAGUGAGCGGGGCGGCGGCGGCAAUAGAGGUCGCUAUGGUAGGGGUAGCAGUGGUCGUGGUAAUAGGGAUGGUGGUAGUGAUUGGGGCGGCGUUAGUGGUGGUGGUUGGGGUGACGAAGGUGGCGGCAGUGGUGGUAGUUGGGGUGGUGGUCAUACCAGCAGUAGUGGUAGGGGUGGCAACGAUCGUGGUGGUGGCAACAGUAGGGGUCGUGGUGGUAGGAGGGGCAAUGGUGAUUGGGGAAGUGGUGAUGGCGGCAAUGACAGCAGUGGCAAGGGCAAUGUUGGCGAUGGGGGCAAUGUUGGUUGGGGUGGUGAUGGAAGUGGGGGUUGGGGUGGUGGUGGAAACAAUAGGGGUCGGGGUGGUAGGAGUAACGGCCGUGGUGGUUGGGGCAACAGUGAUGGUGGGGAAGAGGGCAAUGUUGGUGGGGGUGGUAAUGAAAGUGGGGGUUGGGGUGGUGGUGGAAACAAUAGGGGUCGGGGUGGUAGGAGUAACGGCCGUGGUGGUUGGGGCAACAGUGAUGGUGGGGAUGAGGGCAAUGUUGGUUGGGGUGGGAAUGAAAGUGGGGGUUGGGGUGGUGGUGGAAACAAUAGGGGUCGGGGUGGUAGGAGUAAUGGUCGUGGUGGUUGGGGUGGCGGCAAUAGUGAUGGUGGUGAUGAGGGCAAUGUUGAUGAUGGGGCCAAUGUUGGCUGGGGUGGUGAUGAAAGUGGAGGUUGGGGUGGUGGUGGAAACAAUAGGGGUCGGGGUGGCAGGGGUCGGGGUGGUAGGAGUAACGGCCGUGGUGGUUGGGGUGGCGGCAAUAGUGAUGGUGACGGCCGCAUUAGCAACGGUGGUGAUGCUGGUGGUAGAGAUGAUGGUGGUUGGGGUGGCAGUGAUAGUGGUGGAGGUCGUAGGGGUGGUCGGGGUCGUGGAGGCGGCAGAGGUCGCAACAGUCGUGGUGGCAGUGGUGGUGGUAGUGGCCAUUGGGGUAGCAGCGGAGGUGGCAGUGGUGGUGGUUGGGGCAAUGAAGGCGGUAGUGGUUGGGGCAGUGGCAGCGAUGGUAAUAAUGGUGGGGCCAGCGGAGCUAGUGGUGGACAGGUAAGUGGUGGUUGGGCUGGUGGCAAUAAGGAAGGCAGUAGUGGCGGUGGUAGUGUUGGUGGUUGGGGAGAUGGUGCUGGUGGGCAUGGUGGUGGAGAUAAUAGUGGCGGGAACAGUGGUUGGGGAGGCUGAAGUGGGUGGUCUGGAACUGGUGGCAGGGCCAGCAGCAGUGGCGGUGGUGGCUGGGGAAGCUAGUGGUUUGACUGGUUUUCAAGCCUCUCCUCUACGCAAUGCAGAAUCAUACUGAUGUUUUUGUUUGGGGCCAUUGAACUAUUUCCCUGUUUUCUGGAGCUGUACAGCUUACUCUCUACCCUUUUUGGGUUUUAUGACGACAGAAAGGAUGUGUACAUGGGUUGUCUCUACUGUGAAUAGUGGUCUCAUGCGACUUAUGAAAUGCUUUUGAGCCUUUGGAA